UAGAAUAGUACGUUUUUUUUUUUUUUUAAUCUCAACGGUAUAAUACACUCGUAACGACACACAGACGACACUUUGUACAUUAUAAUCGUAUAAAAGUUUAUUUUUACAAACACUUUUCGUUAUUCCUAUCAUCUCCUAUCAUUAUUUGUAUUUGUGUAUAUGUAUAUAUAUAUAUAUAUACACACACACACACACCGCACACACAUGUGAUUUUUUAACUAUAAUAUUACUAACAGCGUCGAUGGAGUUGAGUCAGCCUUGAAAAAAAACGAUGGAUCAAGAGCCGAAAAUUCAUAUGGAUGAUAAUGUAGUUCUCCUUAGGCAAAUGUAUGGAACAAAGAUAAAGAAUAAUAGAGCAAGUUAUUCGAAAACUAUUUAAAAAAAAGAAAAGAAAAAAAAAAAAAAAAAAAUUAUCGAACAUUAAAUAUCGAAUUUCACCGUAUAAAAAUUCAUUUGUUUUAUUUACAAAGUGCAUCGAACAUCGAUUAAUUUGUUACAUUUAUAUGUACAUGAUUAAAUUUUUUGUGUAAAAAAAAAAAAAAGAAAAAAAAACUAAUAACAAGAUUUCGCAAUUUUCUACGACGAAAUAAAUAAGAGAAUAUUGAUAAUUCAACCAGAUAUUGGAAAAAACUUUUAUUUCUCUUAAUUUCUCUUAAAUUGAUUUUUUCUGAUUUGUUGAAAAAAAAAAAAAAAUUAUAUGAUUUUUUUUUCAGAGAAUGCAAUCAAGAUAUUCUUUGCUUAUGUUACACGGAGACGUAUGAUUUUUUGGCGGCAGGCAUGAUGGAUGGCACGGUGCAAUUGCACAAAUUGAGCGGCAAUAACAGCCCGAACGACGAAAAGUUCAUGUUGCGCGAUGCCGAGAUAACGCAGAAGCAAAGUCCGGUGACGGCGGUUAAACACAGGCCUGUCCGCAAAUCUUAUCCAAUCUCGCGUACCGUCAUUGCCACUUGUCAGUGCUACACCACAAUUUCUAAUAUUUUCUCUGAUAUAGAUAAUAAUAAUAAACGGAGAAGAGACGCGAAGCUGGAGCUUCGUCCCUUUCCGAAAAAAUUCUUCCGAAUUUUCAUUCGUUUCUUUCCUUUAAAUUUAUCAUUUAUCCGUUGUUCGAUCGUUGCAGAUGCAAACGGUUGCGUCAAGUGUUGGCAUUAUCCGACCAAUCAAUGCCUUUACACGAUACGGGAGAACAGGCAGGUUCUGGGCUUGGCUUAUCACUCGUAUCUACCAAAAUUCGUUACCAUGGGAGACGACGCGAAGCUCAUCUUGUACGACGAAGAAACGAAAAUGCAGGAAAGAGUGUUUCACGCAAGGUCUGUCCGCUGUGUUUACAAACAUACUUGUUAUCUUUGUCGCGCUUACGCUCGAACGCUAGCGAUCGUUGACGAAGGAGAGGGAUACUUUGUGCGAUUCGUAGAGACGCGAAACGACGAGAAAUAUUUACUUCGUUUCACGCGUUUCGUAUUCGUUCGAUCAUCAAGAGACCAGUUUGUUUUUUUUUUCGAAAGGUUUAUGAAACGCGUUCGAGAAAAGAAUCGAAUGUUACCUUGAUCUCGUUAAACGCGACAGUAAUCCAUUUCCAAUCGACGAACAGAUCGAGUUCGAUUGAACCGAAUAAAUGAUUCAAAUAUUUUUCUCGUCCAGAUUGAAAAAUCUGAUCCCUUUCUCCCGAAGGGAAUAUCCACAACUUCCAACGAUCCAAAACUUUCCUUCUUUAUUAUAAAAAACACGUGUUAUAUAUAUCACAGACAAGUAUUCGCAAUAUAAUUUAUCGUGCAAAUGUAAAAAAUCGGAAUAACUUUGCUCGAUCGAUAUUUAUUUUUGUUUAAAUUAUUAUCAUAUUAUUCAAGAUAACGAAAAAGUAUUUUCAUUCUUCAUCUCGGAAUAAUCGAAGCUUACGUUUAAAGUUCUCGGUUACGAUAUUAUUAUAGUAUCCACUUUCCACGAUAUAGAAGACGAAAUAAUGGGUUGUUUCGAUCAAACGGAUGUGGCGCGCAUUUCAAAACGUAAUAAAGUUCGUGACGUAAAGGCACGUAGGCGUAACACGCGCACAGAACGACGAUUUAGGCAGUAUAUACUGUUUUACCGUAUUCGCAACGCUCGUUCACACGUUUAUUUUUUAAUUACGAAUAAUAAUUUUACCAACUUUCUCUCUCUCCCAUUUCAAGCCAACCAAUGAUCGAUUAUCGGACAAACUGUUCGUUCGAACAGUUUGAUAGAUAAUAGAUAUUCAUAAUACAAUGGCGAGAUAUUUAAUUCAAUUUGUCGUUGUUGUUAUUAUUAUUAUUAUUAUUAUUAUUGUUGUUGUUUUUUAUCGUAGCGAGUCGUUGGAAGUUAUGGACGGUCAUAAAUCCAGAGUGUUCAGCGCGUGUUUCAGACCAAAAUCGGCACACGAGUUGAUCAGCGGCGGUUGGG